CGACUCGUAUCCUCACUCUUCCUCGUCAAAGCCAUGAUUGCCUCGCCAUUCCGCGAAAUCAAUGUGCGGCUGUACAUUCACCUGCUUCCACACCACGCCGGCCGCUUCAACGCCGCCGUCCACGACCACAUGAACAAGCUGCUCAUGAAGUACCACGAGGAUCUCGAGGGCGUCGUCAUUGCCUACUCGAACGUCCGUCUGCAGCAGGAAAACGGAGUCAUUCUGGCCGAUAACCCACACAUUCACUUUUACGUUUCUGCAACGCUGCUGGUGCUGUGCCCAAUAAUCGGCAACAAGCUUGUCGGCCAGGUCGACAAGAUUGGCGUGGAUCACAUCGGUCUGCUCAUCUAUGGCACGCUGAACGCUUCCAUUCCGCGCGAUUCGAUUGGCACCAACCUCGAGUGCGACGGCCAACAAGAGUACUGGUACGACAUCAACCAGCCCGACUACCAAAUCCGCGUCGGGUCUGUUUUGCAGUUUACUGUGACACGAUUGCAAACAUCGCAAGACAUUCUCUCAAUUGAGGGCUCGCUCGCUACCCAGGAGGCAGAAUACUCGCAACAACCCAUCACGACAGACUCGACGGAGCCACGGCGGCGCGAAAAGCCAUCUCGCACGGCAGCCACGGUCGAGGUCGAGGAAUCCAACGAAUGGGCAGUCACUGCAGACAAUGGAAACGGACACAGCAACAACGGAAACGAAUCGUCGACGCCGUCACACAAGGCCAAGAAGGCAAGGCUUGAGCAAGUCGAGUCGAACGGCAGCGACACGCCGAGCAGCAGCAGCAAGAAGGACAAGAAGAAGAAGGACAAGCACGAGACUCCCAGCAAGCAUGCCAAGGGUGUGUUUGUAUAAUUGCUGAAGGGUCUAUUCGUGGGUGAUCUUGGUACUUUUUGAAUAGAGCGAUUUUGUGU